AUGCCGAGCGCGACUUGUGUAUCAUGUCAAGGCCAACGACCAGCGGCUCUUGUUCGUCCGAAAACAAGUGAGCCAUACUGUAAAGUAUGUUUUUUCGAAGCAUUCGAGCGUGAAAUACAUGAAACAAUCGUUAAAGAACAAUUGUUUAAACCCGGUGAAACAAUCGCUGUAGCCGCUAGUGGCGGAAAAGAUUCAACUGUUCUCGCUCAUGUAUUAAAGCUAUUGAAUGAAAGACAUUCCUACGGUCUGAAACUUGUUCUAUUGUCUAUUGAUGAAGGUAUUACAGGCUAUCGAGAUGAUUCACUUGAAACAGUUAAACGUAAUCAGCAGCAAUAUGAUUUACCUUUAAUUAUUCUUACAUAUAAAGAAUUAUAUGGUUGGAGUAUGGAUGAAAUUGUCAAAGCAGUGGGGCGUAAGAAUAACUGCACUUUCUGCGGUGUUUUUCGUCGUCAAGCGCUUGAUCGUGGUGCAAUGAAAUUAUCUGUGAACAAAAUUGCGACUGGUCAUAAUGCUGAUGACAUUGCUGAAACGAUUUUAAUGAACAUACUUCGUGGUGAUAUAGCACGAUUAAAACGAUGUACGUCGAUUAUAACCGGUGACGAAUCCGAUGAAAAUGAAGGUUCAGUAAUACCUCGAUGUAAACCAUUAAAAUACGCUUAUGAAAAAGAAAUUGUUCUCUAUGCUUUCUACAAACGCUUGGAUUAUUUCUCAACCGAAUGUCUCUAUUCUCCUAAUGCAUAUCGUGGAAAUAUCAGAACGUAUAUUAAAGAUCUGGAACGAUUGAGACCAUCAUCAAUCAUUGAUAUUAUCCAUAGUGGUGAACAAGUGUUAGUUAAACAAACCGCCAAAAUGCCUGUUCAACGUGUUUGUGAACGGUGUUCGUAUUGUUCAUCGAUGCCAAUCUGUAAAGCAUGCUUAUUAAUCGAAGGUUUGAAUAAGGGUGUACCAAAAUUAGGUAUUGGAAAAACCGAACGUUAUCGAAAAGAAAUGCAAAAGAAGGAUGAAUGUUGCAAUGAUCAAUCUCUGUGUCAUUGCAUGCAAGAGAAAUUAACAGUGAAUGACGAUAAGUGA